AAGGAGUUAUCAGUUUCAUUUUCUGGGUGUUCCUGAUUUUGUCUUGCAUGGUUAAUGGAAUUUGGGUUCUGGCAGAUUUGUCUGGGGGCAAAAAGAGGGCUCCACCAAAGGCAGAAUCUUUGGUAGAUUUUCACUUGGAUAUUGUCAAAAAGGCAGUCUCUGAAUAUCCUGGGCAUCCUCUGAUUUUGGCUGGGAAAUCCAUGGGUUCAAGAGUCAGUUGCAUGGUGGCUGGCAGGGAAGACAUCUCUGCUUCGGUAGUAAUUUGCUUGGGGUAUCCACUUAAGGUUAGCUAUUAUGUUAAUUUUACACUUCCAUGGACUUAAUUUUACAUAGAUGGUAUAAAAUGCAAGUUUCUGUGGUAUCUUGUAUGUGUGUGUUAUUUGGAAAUUGGAAAUGAGAUUGGUUAUUUUUCUGGAAUAAUUUGCCUGUUGACCU